CGUCCACGCUUGGUUACGAUAAGAGCACAAACUCCUCUCUUUUCUAUUUCUUCCCCAAUUUGAUUUUAACGACGUGUUUGAAUGGAAUUUGUGCAAGCGCAGAUGUUUGGACACUCGUGAUGCUUUUUGUUCUGACUGACGAAUAAAUUGAAUCCAUAAUUGGAUUAGAUUGCGUCGCCAUUGUGAUGUAGGCGAGCUCUGGUGCGGUUUGUUGCCUCGAGUUGGUUUUUUAGAUAGCAUAAUGGAUAACAAAGAUGUAGAAAUGGAAGACGCCGAAAAGUGUGAUUCAGGGAAUGAAAUCAAAGAAACUGAUGACAAAGUGAGCGACGUUAAUAUUGAAUUGAAAAAGGAUGAGCCUCCAUAUGCAGUGACUGUUGCAGAGGAUGCAAAUAAAAGCGAGAAUGGUGAUGGCAGUUCGAAUAAACUGAGUAGCUUGAGUGAAAUGGAAAGUCAAACUAACUGUGUAGGUGAGACUCAUGAGCCAGUGUCGGUUGAGGGUGUUGAACAAACAGGUGAGAAAAUUGAUACUGAAAGUAAAAAUGAAGGGGGAAUCAGCAUUGGUGCUGAUGCGGAAGUGCAAGCGGCUGCUGAAAGUAUAGUGGAUGAAAUAACCGGUCUCAAGAAUGGAGUAGUUAACGAAAGUGAUGCUAAUGAUGCGUUGAAAGAGGAAGAUCCAGUCGGGAAUGAUGAUGAAAGUGAAAUACCUGUGAACAAUGUGGAGGGAAAUUCCAGUUGCAGUGGAAAAGCCUAUAGAGAGUAUGGAGACUGAAGAUUGUGUUAAAAAUGUUGCCCAAAUAGAAACAGCAGGGGAAAAUGUUGCAAAAAGUGAAAUGGCAGAUAAAAAUGUGAAUGGCGGGGGUGAGGCUAGUGAAAAUAAUAAAUUUCAAUCCGGAUUAUCUUCAAACGAGUCUCCUCAAGUCCAAAGUGUUCCAUCAGUUGAGGUUCCACAGAAUGGGGACAAAGAGGCAGAAUAUGCAGCUAAUGCAAAUGAGGAUAAAGUAGUUAAUGACGAACUAAAACAACAGGGUAAUGAAGUAGUUUUUGCUGGCCCUGUAACUGAUGGGAAUACCAAGAGUGUAUAAACUGUAACUAGACACGG